AUCCCCUCCUUCCUCUCUUCUCUCCACUCUCUCUCUCUCUCUCUCUCUCUCUCUCUCUCUCUCUCUCCAAACAACACAGAAACCUCUCUUCCUUCUAAUUUCCUAACACCCGAAACAGAUUCCUCUGUUUUCCCUGUCUCUCACACACCACAAAACAACAAGACCUUUCAUCUGAAGUCUCUAUUUCCCCUCUCUCUCUCUUCUUUCAUAGCAUUUUCCAGCUAAAAACGUCAUUUCCCACUUAAAAUUUUGGUGAAAAUUGUCAUCGUAUAUGGCGACAAUCGUGUGCCAAGGUCUGCAGUCAUGCCUGGAGUCUCAUCAUCUUGUGGAGCCAAGAACCCUAAGGCUAAAGUUUUCGGCACCAGUAGCUCAUCACAUCUCUCCAAUUCCCACCCAAGAAUUAGGAAUCAAAGGUUGUUUCUCUGAAGAGAAAUGCAAUAAUUAUGAGGAAAUCAACAACAAUAAGGCCACCUCCGAAAAAUCUGACUUGGUGGGUGGCUGGAGUUUCCUCCAAGCUAUCUCCAAACCCUCACUAGAAAACCCUACUGCUGAGGUGGACGAAGAAAAUAAUUACACCCCUCCUAGGGUUUACAGGAGCUCAUCAGUUACCAAGCUAAAUGAGAAGAGCUUGGAGAUGUGCACCGAAGACUUAGGCUGCGAGACCGGCGCCAUUAUCACAGAAAGCUUCAGCAUUUUCUCACCAAUGCCUGAAUCAGAAUCGAAUGCUGUGCCAAGGGAGCGACAACAUAAACCUAAAUUUUCGGGUGGAAAAAAGAUGAAUAAUAUUCAUGGUUUCCCACCUCCGUUGACAACAAUAAGUGGUGAGGAUUCUCUACAAGUUAGGCCUCACAGGGAAGAUGGUAGGCUGAUCAUGAAGGCUGUCAAGGCCCCUUUAAGUCAUACAUUCUUCCAAGCUGAAAGGAGCAAUGGCCACCUUCGAUUGUGCUUUUCAAAAACCUUUUCUCCCAGUUUUGACUCAGAAGAAGCAGCAGCCACUCAUGAAUACAAUGAAGGGUGUGAAAAUGAAGCAUGUGAAAAUGACAUCAAUGAGGAGGAAGCAGAACAAGAUCAAGAAGAAGUCGGAGAAAAUAAAGAAGAAGAACUGGAGGAGGAAGAAGAAGAAGAAGAAGGGAAGAGAUCAAUUGUGUGCUUGAUGGAAGGUGAGGAGGUGGAUGGGAAUAGUUUGAAUGUUGGGGGUGAUGAGGGAAUGGACAAGUUUAAAAGGCCAAGCAGGUGCAAAGAGGGUGGUGGUGAGUGUGAGGAGAAAGGAUGGUUAAAGUAUUGGGAGCCCUAUUUGGUGUCUACUUAAUUAGGCUUGUUAGUAAUCAAAGGUUUAAUUAAGUAUAGUAUUCUCCAGUUGUGUGAUCAAAAUUUCACAAUUUUCUGUUUGUCCUUUCUCUCUUUCUAUUCUACAAAUUCCCUUUUAGUCUUCAUAAUGUAUCCCUGUGAUAGCCGUUAGUUAAUCUUGUUACUCUC